UUAUUACACCAAUUACACAGACUUUCAGGACGCAACAGGGAUUCAGGAAUGAGAGAGCUCAGGGGGAACAGUGAGAGAGGGGCCUGUUAUAAAGCCAAGUCCUGUCACUUUGGGAAGAAUUUGUAGCCAGUGAGAGCGGGCUUUGGGUCCGAAACAAGAGCCCGAUGAGCCAGUGACUGUCUCCAUAAUUCUCCUCAGCGGUGUAUCAGUGUCGUGGGACGCAGGGUGUUGAAGUUACUCCUGCAGAGUUACAGUCCCAAUUGUGUCCUGUGAGCAUGACAACAAAGCAGCCAUGUGGACGAAAGGCUGAGGCUCCAGGCUCCUAACUCCUCUCUGUACGGGUCAAUUAGAUUGCAGCCUGCGCUGAAAAGAUGACAUCUGCCACACCUCCUUCCUCUCGUAGCUCCUCUCCACAUAAAGUUUGCCACUCGCAGACACAGACAGAUGUCUUAAAACCUUUACUUGGUGGUGGCAUAUCUAGUGGGGGAGGGUCUCUGAGGAAGAGGAGACGUGUCCUGUCCAAAGAUGGGCGAAGCAACGUGCGCAUCGAGCAUGUCAGCGGACGGAGUGCUCUGUACAUGCGUGACCUCUGGACAACAUUUCUGGACAUGCAGUGGCGCUACAAGUUCUUCCUGUUCACUGCCACUUUUGCAGGGACCUGGUUCGUGUUCGGGGUGCUGUGGUACCUGGUUGCACUGGUCCAUGGAGACCUUCUUGAGUUUGACCCUCCAUCAAACCACACGCCCUGUGUGAUGCAGAUGCAGACGCUAACGGGGGCUUUCCUCUUCUCCCUGGAGUCCCAAACAACCAUUGGAUACGGUUUUCGCUGCAUCACUGAGGAAUGUCCAGCUGCCAUAAUCCUUCUCAUAGUUCAACUGGUUAUCACCAUGCUCAUGGAAAUCUUCAUCACCGGUACCUUUCUGGCCAAGGUUGCCCGGCCAAAGAAGCGCGGUGAGACAGUGAAGUUUAGCCAACAUGCUGUGGUGUCCGCCCACGAGGGCCGCCCCUGCCUCAUGAUCCGGGUGGCCAACAUGCGCAAAAGUCUCCUGAUUGGGUGUCAGGUGACUGGAAAACUGCUCCAGACGUCUCUGACCAAGGAAGGGGAGACGGUUCGUCUGGAUCAGAGAAAUGUCCCCUUCCAAGUGGACACUUCCAGUGACAGCCCCUUCCUCAUCCUGCCCCUUACCUUCUACCAUGUCAUCGAUGACAACAGUCCCUUGAGAGCUUGGGCAGCCAAGGGUGGUGGCUGGACUGACCCAGAAUUGGCUGACUUUGAGUUGCUGGUGAUCAUGAGCGCCACCGUGGAGCCAACCUCCGCCACCUGUCAGGUUCGCACCUCCUACCUGCCAGAUGAGAUCCUCUGGGGCUACGAAUUUCCCCCUGUAGUUUCCCUGUCUCCCUCAGGGAAAUAUGUAGCAGACUUUGCCUUCUUCGACAAAGUGGCCAAGACCAAGACCGCCCCCAUUUUUAAGCCAUCCAGCCCCCAGCACGGGUACCAGAGCAAUGGAGGGGGGACUGUACCUGAGGUGACUGAUCCAGAGAAGAUUCGUCUGGAGCAGAGCUACAGGGAACAACGAGGAGAGGACCGAGGUCGGGUCAGGGACUCUCCUCUGAGUGUUCGCAUCAGCAACGUGUGAAGAGUUUAAACCAGAAGGUUUAAAAAGCAACAGGAGACGUCGCCAAGUUCAGUGUAAAUAGCAAAUCAGUGAAACAUCAUAUCGAUGAACAGAACAGAUUAAUGCUGACUACUGUAUGAACAUGUGGAGUAUGUUAUUGUCAUAUGCUUGCUGGGUAUGAUAUAUAUAGAUACACUCACUUGACUGUAUUCAUAUGAAGGAAUAACGUCAUAACUACAGCUCUUUACAUCUGAUCACGGCACAAGUCCAUUCACUUCACAUACACUACAUACAGUUUUAACUCAAAAAACUACAAUACAAAUGAUACAAAAAUCAAGUAAAGAAGAUGGAAAUCUCAGUGGGCACUAACCAAGUUACAAAAAGGUGUGAGACAGUGGUGUUUAAUUUUCAUUUUUUUUCAAAAGUAGAGCAGAAUAAAGAGUGGGUUUGGAGACGUUAUUAUGACGAAGUGAGAUGGAAACACCCGCCCACUUAAGUAGAAGCACUGAACCGUGUAUAAUACGCCUAAAAUGUAUGCAAAUGUGUGUUUAAAAUACAUACCCUGUUACAUGUAAACAUUUAUGUACAAAGGUCAUAUGACUCUGAGUUUUUGCAGUAAAACAGGAGUAAAAGCAGUUUUUCUGCCUCCUGCAACCCCUCCCCACCCCCGAUUUCCUCUAAAUGAGUAAUAUAUUUUAUAUUUCCUGGUAAAAACCCAAACAUGUACUGUAAUAGUUCAAUUAAAUGUAGCACUACAACUGAAAAGUAGACAAAGCUGAUACGUUUUGUGUUCAGUAUGACCUGUAUGUUGGUAAUGGUAUUUGUAUUUCAUGAUUUCUGUCAUGCGUGACUGCUGUUGCUGCUUCAGAACAUAGCACUUUAUGUAUGUGAUGUAAAUUUGUAUCUUGAAAGGUUAAGGUGAAUGUGUGUUAAAUUUUGAGUCUACUAAAAGCACUCAAACACUGAAAAUGAUUGAAUUGUUAGUUUUAAAAAACAAAUGUUUAAUUUUUUUUAACAAAUCAGACUGUAACAGUUUUUUGAAUGUCUCUGUAGCUUUAAUAAUAUUAAUGUGUCCAGAUAUGCACAAACAUUAAAGGAACUCUCCUUUAUGUAAAAAGCAGUAGCCUACUAUUCCUUGAACACUUCUGUGAUCACUUUGUUGGAUCCCCUUAUUUUUUUUAGUGUACAAAUCACACAAAAAGUGGAACAGUAGGAUACAUCACAGGUGAGUGCUGGGAUGUGAGAAUGCGGAAUAGUAAUAGUUACAAAUGAAGUGAUCCAUGAGCUUAAUGGAUCUGAAUAGGAUGAAAAAUACACCUUUUGUAAUACUUCCUUCACACUAUGAGUGUAAAGUGUCUUUAAAGACCAGCUUAGUGACUUAUUCUUAUCUUUGGUUUUCUUCAUCCUCCUCUUGUACACCACUUGAACCACUUGAACUUGUACCACCCUGGAAACUAUCUCUGGAAGACUCUCACUCUUUCUGGAAAAAUCUCACCCCAUGUGGACUUUCCGCUGCUUGUCAGGGAAUUCUCAUCUCAUUUUGUACUUUCCUGCCUUUUGUAAACAUUUUUAUCUCUGAGCCUGUUGUGAGUCUUCCAGUUAUAUGAUUAGCUGUGACAGAUAUGCUCUUAUUUUAGUCAGUUUAUUAAUCCACAUACUACUAAACAGCGUUUCUUGCCUCUGAUAUACAUAAUUAAAAUGAUUGUGUAUAGGUAUUAGCUAUAUGCUCAUGUGGAACCAUCUGUUUAGACUGGAAGACUUCAAAUGAAACUGCAAUUGAGGUUUAAGUCUUACUGAUACUAUGUUAACCUCAGCUGCAUCCUACUGAAACCCUAACAUAAAUUUAUCAGCAUGUUUACAGAUUUGUAACACAUCUACCAAACGCAGCUUGGCUAACAUGAUCAUUUUUCUUUGGUUCAGUCAUAAAGGGGGUGGGUGUCUAGUUGGAUGUCUUUGUCUCUCUUUGAUGUCAUUUCAAGCACUGACACGUGCCAAAUAUACAUUUGUAUUGCUUACAACACUGAAAAUAACCCUUUCAUUGCUCAUCUUGUUAACAAUUAUAACGGAAAAGCCUCUUUAAACUAUUUAUUUCUCACUGAAACUUUUUUAAUAAAAACUAAAAACAAAUAAACAUUAAACCAACCCAAAAAAGGAAAGAGAAGCUGACAGGAAGUCUGGUUUCAAAACGUUAUGCUGCUUCCUCAUUGAUCAUUUGAGAGAAUCAUGACUUGUGGUGUAGUCUUGUUUGCGCUACUUUUGUUCUACAUAAUAGAAGUACAAGGUCUCCAACAUGUGUUUGUGCUGCAUGGAAAGGACUUACACUUGGAUACAGAGAAACCUGUUACACUUGACGAACAGACAGAUUUGUUCUGGAAAGUUAAUUCCAGUAACAAUAUAGCUAAAUGUGUUUUUAAUAAAGAUCCAUUCGUGUAUAACAAAUAUGCAGGAAGGGCUGAGCUGUUUGGACCAAAUUGCUCUUUGAAAUUAAAGAAUGUUCAACACAGUGACAGUGGAGAUUAUACUGCACUUGUGGUCAGCGAACAAGAGCAAAGGGUAGCUAAAUACAAGGUCAUAGUUCAAGAUCCAGUGACUCCUGCCAAACUGACAGUGGACCCUGUGUCCAACAGCUCAGACUCCUGUAACCUGACUGUGACCUGCAGCGCAGUGGACUUUAACGUCAGCAGUAGUUUUAGAUGUGAUGGUAAAAUCUGCUCUCAUGCAGGAGCAAAGGAUUUGAAGGCCACGAAAAAUUUUUCCUCUCUAAGUGUUUACCUGCAGCAAGACACCAUUUUCUGUAAUCACAGCAACCAAGUGAGCUGGAACGUGACUAAGCUGCUCAAAUCUUACUGUGAAACAGAGACAGCUCCCAGUGGAGCCAUCAUAAAUGCAGCUUCGACUUCUGUUCUCUUCUUGCUGACUCUCUUCAUAACCUUUGUGGCAUCAUGAAAU